UUCUGCAGAUUUCGGACUUCAGUGCAUUUUCCGUGAUUCACCUUUAUCUGUCUGCAAGCCUGCAGGUGUUUUCUGUGUUUCGUGAUGUAUCACCUGCCUGUGCUGAAGAACAGGCGAACUCUCCUGGAGAGGGCAGAGAAGUUUAUCUCUGACAUUUAUUUCACAGACUGCAACCUGAGAGGACGACUCUAUGGAGACUCUUGCCCACUGCAGUCCAUUGACUCUUUCUUGUCCUCUAAACGGAUCACAUUCACGGAGGCCUCCAAUCAGACCUUUGCACCUUAUAAAGUGGGUGAUUCCUUUGGACCAACGUGGUGGACCUGCUGGUUUAAAGUGACCCUGAACAUCCCUGAGUCCUGGAGAGGGAAAGAGGUGCAUCUUCGGUGGGAAAGUGAUGGAGAAGCGAUGGUUUGGAGAGAUGAACAGCCAGUGCAGGGCCUGAGUAAAGAGGGUGAAAAGACUAGUUAUAUCCUGUCUGACUGUCUGAAGGAUGAGGAGCCACACAGGUCAGUUCCUAAAACACAAGUUCAUUGCUGCUUUUGUAAUCAAUUGCUCACUGAAUGUCUAUAUUUUCUCCUGUUUUCCAGUGUCACCCUUUAUGUAGAGAUGGCCUGUAAUGGGCUUUUUGGAGCUGGUCAAGGAUCCAUGAUUGCAGCCCCGGAUCCAAACAGGAAGUUUUCUGUACAAAAGGCGGAGCUGGUGGUAUUUAACCGUGAUGUACAGGAGAUGUUGACUGAUUUUGAGAUGCUGAUUGACAUCGUAAAGGAACUUGGAGAGGGAGAGCAGAGGGGCUUCCAGGCGCUCUUCACUGUGAAUGAGAUGGUGAACCUGUGCGACCCAUCGGACCCCAGCUCCUUCUCUAGAGCUCACAGCCUGGCUCACACCUUCUUCAGCCAGAGAAACGGAGACAGCCAGCAUGUUGCUCAUGCGAUGGGUCACUGCCACAUAGACUCAGCUUGGCUGUGGCCCUACGAAGAGACCAUUCGCAAAUGUGGCCGAAGCUGGGUGACAGUGAUCCGUUUAAUGGAGAAGAACCCAGAGUUUGUAUUCACUUGCUCCCAGGCCCAGCAGUUCCAGUGGGUAAAGAGCUGGUACCCAGGACUCUUCUCUGAGAUUCAGCAUUACGUUAAGAAAGGCCGGUUCAUUCCAGUAGGAGGAACAUGGGUGGAAAUGGAUGGCAAUCUGCCUUCAGGCGAGUCCAUGGUCAGACAGUUCCUGGAAGGCCAGCGCUUCUUUGACCGUGAGUUUGGGAUCCAUUGCAACGAGUUUUGGCUUCCAGAUACGUUUGGCUACUCUGCCCAACUUCCUCAGAUAAUGCAGGGCUCUGGCAUUUCCAAUUUCCUAACACAGAAGCUUAGCUGGAACCUGGUCAACACAUUUCCUCACAACACAUUUUUCUGGGAAGGUCUGGACGGCUCAAAGGUUUUAACACAUUUCCCACCAGGAAAUUCCUAUGAAAUGAAAGGGAAGGUUGAAGAACUGGUAAAAACUGUGAAGAACAACAAAGACAAGGGCAGAGCGAACCACAGUGCCGUGUUGUUUGGGUUUGGAGAUGGAGGCGGUGGACCGACACAGCUGAUGCUGGACAGACUGCAGCGGGUCCAGGACACAGAUGGACUUCCCAAGGUCCAGAUGUCCAGUCCUGACAAGCUUUUCUCUCAGCUGCAGGCUGACUCCGCCCUGCUUUGCACUUGGACCGGAGAGCUCUUCCUUGAGCUGCACAACGGCACAUACACCACGCAGGCCAAGAUUAAACAGGGGAACCGUCAGUGUGAGACGCUGCUUCAUGACAUUGAGAUAGCCAGCAGCUUGGUGCUUUGUCGGGACAAGACUUUUAUAUAUCCUGUGGAAAAACUGCAGGAGCUCUGGAGGCUUCUUCUGCUAAACCAAUUCCAUGAUGUGAUUCCUGGCAGCUGUAUAGAGAUGGUUGUGGAUGAUGCACUCAGAUAUUACGAAGAUAUCCGCACUGAUGGUGCUGCCCUGCUGCACGAUGCCUGUGGAGCCCUCGGUUCAAAAGGAAACUCCCCUGGUGUGUUCAACUCUCUGCCAUGGGAGCGCCAUGAAGUCGUCCAGAUGCACGAAGGCCCUGGUACACCCGAUCUGGCUCUGGUGAGAGUUCCCAGCAUUGGUGUGUCUCCUGUUGGAGACACAAAGCCUGUGGCUCCAGUGACUAUCACUGGUCAAGCCGACGGAACAUUGCUCAUGGAGAAUGGGAUUUUACGAACUGUCGUAAACAAAGAUGGCACUUUGGCGUCUCUGUAUUUGAUCAACGCCAACAGAGAAGCCAUCUCUGACAGCUGUCAUGGCAACCAGUUUGUCAUGUUUGAUGAUGUCCCUCUGUACUGGGAUGCUUGGGAUGUAAUGGACUACCAUCUGCAGACAAGGAAGCCGGUUGUGGAGGUGGUGCAGCCUCCUCAUCUGGUGUACUCAGACGGGCUCAGAGGAAGUGUCCGCUUCACCCUCAGGAUCAGUGAUAAGAGCACCAUCACACAGGAGAUUAUCAUGGAUGCCAUGUGUCCUUACAUCAAAUUCAACACUAAGGUGACGUGGGCAGAGUCACACAAGUUUCUUAAGGUGGAGUUCCCUGUGCGGGUACGCAGCCCCAACGCUACAUAUGAGAUCCAGUUUGGCCAUCUGCAGAGACCCACACACAGGAACACUUCAUGGGACUGGGCCAGAUUUGAGGUUUGGGGUCACAAAUGGGCUGAUUUGUCGGAGCCCAACUUUGGGGUUGCACUGCUGAACGACUGCAAAUAUGGCUAUUCAGUGCACAAGAACACUAUGACGCUGUCCCUACUGAGAGCACCUAAGGCACCCGAUGUCAACGCUGACAUGGGGACUCAUCAGUUCACCUACGCCAUCAUGCCUCACACAGGAUCCUUCCAAGAUGCCUCUGUCAUCCAGGCUGCGUACAACCUCAACUUCCCUUUGAGGCCAAUCCGGUGCCCUGCUGACACCGAGCCCUGGAGUGCCUUUUCCAUCAGCACUGCUGCAGUGAUCCUUGAGACCAUUAAACAGGCUGAGGACAGGAAGGGAGCACUCGUAGUUCGACUUUAUGAGUCACAUGGGAGCAGCGUCACUGCAACUCUGAGAACCACCUUUCCGAUCAGGGAAGCCUGGCCUUGCGAUCUUCUGGAGAAACCAGACCCCACCCGUCCGGCACACAUUACGUCAGGGGGAAUCACUCUGGACUUCAGCCCCUUUCAAAUUGUGUCCCUUCUCCUCGUCUUUUAAAAAGACACACCAUUCCUUUUUUUGUACCAACCUCAGGGUAGUCACAAGUACCAAAUCCUAAAAGUUAGAAACUAGUCUCAAAUGUGUCAUAUGGCGAUGCAGUUUAUAAGGAGACUUUACAUGGACUGCCUCUUUGUGAGCUACUUAUAGAUGAGAAUGUGAAAAAAAAAUGAUUUGAUAACUAUGCAUUAAAACAAUAAACAGUUGCAGAACUUU